GUCCCGCCUUCUUCUGGGUCUAAGUUCCCGGCUCGCAUGGCUGCCGGCAGACGCGUGGGUCCUGGCUCGGGGUCGCGUGCCGCCAUGGCGCCGUGGAAGAAGAAGGGGCGGCGGAAGCGACGGACUGGGGCUUCCCAGGCCCGUGACAGCGAAUCGGAGGACGGCGAGUUCGAGAUCCAGGCGGAGGAUGACGCUCGGGCGCGGAAGCUGGGCCCCAGUAGAGCCUUGCCUUCCUUCCCUACCUCAGAGUGCGUAUCAGAUGUGGAGCCCGACACGCGGGAGUUGGUGCGAGCCCAGAACAAGAAAAAGAAGAAGUCCGGAGGCUUCCAGUCCAUGGGCUUGAGCUAUCCCGUGUUCAAAGGCAUUAUGAAAAAGGGCUAUAAGGUGCCAACACCCAUCCAGAGGAAGACCAUUCCUGUGAUCUUGGACGGCAAGGACGUGGUAGCCAUGGCCCGGACAGGCAGCGGCAAAACAGCGUGCUUCCUCCUCCCAAUGUUUGAGCGGCUGAAGGCGCGAAGUGCGCAGACAGGGGCCCGGGCCCUCAUCCUGUCGCCCACCCGGGAGCUCGCCCUGCAGACCAUGAAGUUCACUAAAGAGCUGGGCAAGUUCACCGGCCUCAAGACAGCCUUGAUCCUGGGUGGUGACAAAAUGGAAGACCAGUUUGCUGCCCUGCACGAGAACCCUGACAUAAUCAUUGCCACCCCCGGGCGGUUGAUGCACGUGGCUGUGGAGAUGAAUUUGAAGCUACAGAGUGUGGAGUAUGUCGUUUUUGAUGAAGCGGACAGGCUCUUUGAAAUGGGAUUCGCUGAACAGCUACAGGAGAUCAUAGGCCGCCUUCCUGGGGGCCACCAGACAGUGCUGUUCUCGGCCACACUGCCCAAACUGCUGGUGGAGUUUGCACGGGCAGGUCUCACAGAGCCUGUGCUCAUCCGUCUGGAUGUGGAUGCCAAACUCAAUGAACAGCUCAAGACCUCCUUCCUCCUUGUACGUGAGGACACCAAGGCUGCUGUGCUUCUCUACCUGCUGCGUAAUGUCGUUCGGCCCCAGGACCAGACAGUGGUGUUUGUAGCCACAAAGCACCACGCAGAGUACCUCAUGGAGUUGCUGACAACCCAGGGCGUGAGCUGCGCCCACAUCUAUAGUGCUCUGGACCAGACAGCCCGUAAGAUCAACUUGGCGAAGUUCACACACAACAAAUGUUCCACCCUCAUCGUGACCGACCUGGCCGCCCGGGGCUUGGACAUCCCACUGCUGGACAACGUCAUCAACUAUAGCUUCCCCGCCAAGGGCAAGCUCUUCCUGCACCGUGUGGGUCGUGUGGCCCGAGCAGGCCGAAGUGGCACAGCCUACUCCUUGGUGGCCCCAGAUGAGGUUCCCUACCUGCUUGAUCUGCACCUGUUCCUGGGCCGCUCCAUCACCCUCGCCCAGCCUCAUGAGGAGCCCUCAGGUGCAGUUGGCAGGGACGGCGUGCUGGGUCGGGUGCCACAGACGGUGGUGGAUGACGAGGACAGCGGCCUGCAGACUGCCCUGGAGGCGGCACUGGACCUUCGGGGCCUGCAGCGUGUGGCUGACAACGCUCAGCAGCAGUAUGUGCGCUCUCGUCCAGCGCCCUCACCUGAGUCCAUCAAGAGAGCCAAGGAGCUGGACCUGGCAGGGAUGGGCUUGCACCCACUCUUCAGCUCCCGAUUUGAGGAGGGAGAGCUACAGCGCCUGAGGCUGGUGGACAGCAUCAAGAAGUACCGCGCCCGCGCAACCAUCUUUGAGAUCAACGCCUCCAGCCGGGACCCAAGCAGCCAGAUGAUGCGUGCCAAGCGGGAGAGGGACCGAAAAGCUAUCAAUAGCUUCCAGCAGGGUCGGCAGGAGGGCCCAGCUGACCCAGUCCCCCAGAAGGAGCCGCCUCAGAAGGAAGAGGAAGAGGAGGACAUGGCUGAGAGUGUGGAGGGUGUCUUCACAGAGGUUGUGGGCCAGAAGCGACCAAAGCCAGGACCCGACCGAGGAUCCAAGAGGCGGAGGGAGGAGGCUCGUCAGCGAGACCAGGAGUUUUAUGUCCCCUACCGGCCCAAGGAUUUCGACAGUGAGCGGGGGCUGAGCGUUGGUGGAGCCCAGGGGGCCUUUGAGCAGCAGGUGGCUGGUGCGGUCCUUGACCUGAUGGGGGAUGAGUCGCAGAGCAUGAGCCGAGGUCGGCAGCAGCUCAGGUGGGACCGGAAGAAGAAGCGGUUUGUGGGGCAGUCAGGCCAGGAGGACAAGAAGAAGAUCAAGACAGAGAGUGGCCGGUACAUCAGCAGCUCCUACAAGCGUGACCUCUACCAGAAGUGGAAGCAGAAGCAGAAAAUCGAUGACCGGGACUCGGAGGAAGAAGGAUCAUCCAACCAGCGAGGUCCCGGGCCCCGCAGAGGUGGAAAGCGAGGGCGGAGUCAAGGUGCCUCCCUGCCCCGAGCGCCCAGUGCCCCCGCAGGCCGAAUGCGCUCAGAACUCAAGACCAAGGAGCAGAUCCUGAAGCAGCGGCGUCAAGCCCAGAAGCAGCGCUUCCUGCAGCGCGGAGGCCUAAAGCAGCUUUCAGCUCGCAACCGACGUAGAGCUCAAGAGCUGCGGCAGGGCGCCUUUGGCCGGGGUGCCCCCUCCAGGAAGGGCAAGAUGAGGAAGAGGAUGUAAGGAGCCAGCCUCAGCCCCAGGGCUUUCUGAUAGAUAGCCCUGGUGUGGACAUCUCUGACGUGGUCCCCUGUGCUGUUGGCAGAGUCUCCCACAGGAGCCAGUGUCUAUGCGGAACAAAAAGAAGGAGAGGCUGCUUUUGAUGGGACAUUGGGUGGGGUCUUGAAGUUUGCCUAGGAGUUUACCAGCAAAGCUAGGCAGAGCAAGCCCCGAGCCUGCAGCUUAGCUGUCACUGAAUCCAUGAAUUCAGGCUUCAGAAGUCAUGGCCAUGUGGAUGUAUGUGGGCCCUGGCUGUCUCUGACCGGACAUUAGGUUUUAGUGUAGUAAACAUUUGUAGAACACCUCUAGUAGGCAGGAGUGUGGUUUUCUUGGGGUGUUGGAAGGGAGAGUUGCAGGUCUCAGCUUUUGUAGUGGCUUAGAGCAGGUGGCCAUGCCUGUGUCCCACCCGGCCACUGAGGUGAUGUGGCCUCCACUGUCUACCGAGAUAAGAAAAGUGAGAGUCUGGAUCUGGUCGCUCAAGGCAGCUGAGGACUGCUGCAGGGUGGAAGCAGGCUCCGAGGGUGGCAUUACCCUCAUGGCCUCCAUCCCACUGGUGGCUCUCCCCACCUCUUGCUUGGGGUUCCGGGAAGGUCACGUAUCCCCAGCAGAUAGACCCCAUCGGCCAGGCACACACUGGGACUACCCUCUUGGGCCGCAAAGAGCUGAUGCUAACAACAGCUACCUUUUGUUCAGACAGACACACUUUACUUAGCCCUGUCUAAGCUUGUGAAGGGCCCAGUACUGCUGUCAGCCCCCACUGACAGCCUAACUAGUUGAAUGUCCUGAGGAAGCCCCAUAACGGCAAGGGCUGGCGCAGCUCCAUCUUAUCUUGUCCAGGAGGAAGCAUAUUCAGAGAGCCGUUGUGUUGAACCUCCAUACCAAGGAAUGUAGGACUUUGCCCCUCGUGUCCUCUUCGCUGCUCUCCUGGCCUGACUAGGAGGCAGUAGCUGUGGGCUCGGCCUCGGCAAGGCUGCUCAGUGUGGCUGAGAAGUCCAGGAUGAACUGCUUCACCUGGGGACGGGGGUGACAUAGCCAGCUCACCUUCUGUACCCACCCUCAUACAGGGGGCCGAGGGCAGUGUGGGCCUGGAAACUCUACUGCAGAGGUACUGAGAGUGUCCAGUGUGGCUUCCUAAAGGUUUGUUGCCAAGUAUAGCUCAAACUUGUUCUCUAACUCAUGGCAAUCCUACUGCCUCAGUCUCCUGAGUGUUGAGAAUACAGGUGUGUGCCACUGAAA